UCGCAGCCCUGCCCCGCGCCGCCUCCUCACGGCGCCGCCGCCAUCGCCGCGGCGCUGAGGUGAGGCGGCGGGGCUCGGGGCCGUGCUCGGCCCGUUGCCGCCGCCAUGUUGUGCCGCGGGGACGGGCUGCUGGGCUCCCUCACGGCGCUGCUGGUGGCGCUGCUGGCGCUGAGCCGCAGCCCGGCGCUGUCGUGCGUGCUGCCGGCCGGCCUCUACCUCCUGCUGCACCUCUGCAGCCUGGAGCCCGCCGCCCCGCAGAGCGCCCAGCGCGUCCUCAAGCCCCGCGGCACCGCCGCCCGCAUCGCCCACCGCGGCGGGGCGCACGACGCGCCCGAGAACACGCUGGCGGCCAUCCGACAGGCAGCUGAGAAUGGAGCAACAGGUGUUGAGCUGGAUCUUGAAUUUACCGCCGAUGGUGUUCCCAUUCUAAUGCAUGAUGAAACAGUCGAAAGAACAACUGAUGGGUCUGGCAGACUGCGUGACUUGACUUUUGAUGAAAUUAGGAGGCUUAAUCCAUCUGCAAAACACAGGCUAUGGAGCAAAUUUCAGGGUGAAAAGGUACCAACUCUGAGAGAAGCUGUUGUGGAGUCUAUGCAUCACAACCUUACAAUCUACUUUGAUGUCAAAGGCCAUGCAAAUCAGGCAGUUGAUGCCCUAAAACAACUCUACCUGGAAUUUCCUCGUUUGUAUAACAGCAGCAUAGUCUGUUCUUUCAUGCCAGAUGUUGUUUAUAAGAUGAGACAAGCUGAUAGAAAUGUGGUAACAGCCCUGACACACCGGCCUUGGCACCUGAGUCAUCUUGGAAAUGGGACGCCUCGUUUCGAUUCCUUCUGGAAACAUUAUUUAUAUAUGAUGAUGGAUGUCAUUCUAGAUUGGAGCUUACACAGUUUCUUAUGGAGAUUAUGUGGGGUUUCAGCCUUCCUCAUACAGAAAAAUUUUGUUUCUCAAGAUUAUGUGAGGCACUGGUCUUCAAAAGGUAUUCAAGUGGUUGCCUGGACAGUGAACACAUUUGCAGAAAAAAUAUAUUAUGAAAACGUCCUUGAAUCCAGCUACAUCACAGACAGCUUGGUAGAAGACUGUGAUCCUCAUUACUAGGCCUGUAAUUACUUAUUCACCACCUUAAAGAAGCUCUCUUACUCAGGCAGGUCUGAAUUCACCAUCAAGACAGUAUCCACUAAUGCAGAUUGGACUACUAACGAUAGUUCUGGGAAGAAGAACAGUAUUUUACUUCUGCUAUGUGAUCAGGUCUUGAAUGCAGGAAAACCUUCUGGUGCAACACUGAGCAAAGCUGACGUACCACCAUUGGUAGUCUGGGGAAAUCACAUUGUAAUGUGAAAGGGUCAUUUUUGAUAAGAUAACUGGGCAAUCUUUAUAUGUGCAGAUUGCUUUAUUAUUCCUUUGCAUUGUUUAAAUCUUGGUUAUAAAGUCAUAUCAGCCUUUUUGAUGGCAUAAUGUAAAAUUGCACUUUGAUUCUAGUACUUGAAACAGUUUGUUCUAUAACUGUGUAAUAAUUUGAGGUUUAUUUACAGUAUCUUAAAAGCAUCUACACUAUUGUUAUGAAAACAAUGGUGAAAAUGGUGCCAAAAUAGAGGGCGAGUGUAUUUCCCUCCACUGCAUGGAAAAAUGGCUGUAUUGCAUCUUAACAGGGACAGAAAAGCCAACAAUCCAUGUUCUUUGUGAAGACUAUGAGAAUUAAUGAUUAAAACUUGAUUAUCUUCUUAUGUUCCAGUCUUUUUAAAAGCACCAAGGGAGGCUAGAUUACUUCUAUUAAUACUGCACAUCAGUGUAUUUAUUUUUAAAAUCAAGGUACAUACCGAGUGCUGCUAGUGGUAGAAUAAAUAGAGCUGUCUUUUUUUCUUUGCUAAUUGUUUGCAUGAUUGAAGGACAUUCACAAGGAUACAUAAGAAUCUGUAAUCCAGAUUUAACUUGAAAUAAAAAAAGAUUCUGCGGUCACAAUAAACAAGUAUCUGAUA